AUGUCAGCAAUUCUGGAGCAAGCUCCUCACCGGCGGAAUACGAAUACAAUUUACAGAGGAUUCGACACUGGUCUGAGACUUCGAGGCAGGCAUCGUCCCUCACAUACCACUGGCGGCCAUUCAGAACCUGGAAGAGUCAUCACGAAGGCUGAGAGGCAGAAAAGGCUAGCAGAAUCUAAGUCGCCCUCGCCAGAGACAGCCGCUGGUCCGAUUUCCAGUUUUGCUGAAACCGGCAACAAAAUACUUGCUUGGCUUGGCAAGCUCACUGCAUCUGACGAAGGCAAUGCCAGACCUGUUCGCGAGACGACUCAAGAUCUAGAAGACAACACAGCAUCCCACGCGGCUCUAACGGCUCUGUACCAUCCUGGCGGCAGUCCUGGUCGUCAACCAGUGCGCCUCCGCGGAUUCAUCAUCUUUGUCAUCCUCUUUUUGCUCGUCAUCAGCCCUCUUUACUACUUGGCAGAAUAUUUUAUUAACGGAACCAGCGUUGAAGCAGCAUGUAUCCCGACCACAAUCUACGUUCCUGUCACGCAGAUCUCCACAAUCACUUCGACCUUUUCCGCUUUUCAACCAUCCUUGAGCACUUCAGACAGCAAUGUAGCCAUCACGACUACCAGCUACAGUACGAUCCACUCGACAUCGACUAUGUACAGAACUGUCACGGUCACUACUGUACCCCCUGGCUAUCCGACUGCUAGCUAUGUCAUGACUGUGACGCAGACCCAGACAGUUAGCCCAAUGUCGACAGCACCGACUAUCGUUUCUACCGAGUCGGCCGCUGCCAGUACGCCGACAGUGACAGCGCCUGCAUACACCUCUACAACAUUCAGCUUUGUUAAUGCUCCCAUCACGAUCACUUCGACAAGCACCUUCUACAGUACAGUCCAGGUCUCCUACGCCCCGUCGAUCCACCCUUCUUACGGCGGUUACGGCCCCUCAGGCUGGAACACCUCGAGUCAAGCCAUUGUAGGACCGACCGUCGGAUCGACCGCUCCUGCGAGCGCAAGCGAGGUGGUUUCUACCAUUACAGCGACUUACUAUCUUGGCACCGACAGCUCGACGACGCAGACUGGCACAAUUCACAUUACCACAAUUCUCACAGUUCAUGGCACCUCAACGGUCACCUUGUCGAGCUUCAGCACGAGCUUUCCAUACACGCCUUCUCCCACUACCAUCUCAAGCUCGAGCUCGACAUCUCGAUACGCUAGCGUGGCCUCCAGCUCUUUGUCGAGCGUCUCGGCGGCACCGGGAUCCGGCACUGCCACUUUCCCUCUGUUUACGAUCAGCACUUCCUCCAGUAACGCAUCAACGAGCGCCAGUACUUACGCUCCAGCCCCUAAUACGAUAUCUUCAUAUGGAAUCGGAACCGCACCAUUGCCCGCUCUUUCCAGCAGGACUUCCUCCUUCUCUUCCGCCAAUAUGACAUUGAAUUCAGAAUCGUCCUCCACGACCAGUACUACUCUAAGUAGUCUGGUCCCUGGCAACACUUCCACCACCCAGCCAAGUCAGCUCAGCUCGACUACGGCAGCUAUUGUUGUGCCAAUCACUACUACUUUGUCAUUCGGUUCUCUGACCACGUUCCUGAAGAGCACAAGCACCACAAUCGGCCUUCUUGGUACCAGUACGCAGACGGUAUCUAGUUACUUCGUCUGGAACGGUACUACAACAUACACCAGUGGGCAACCGGCUACGCUGACCUCCAAAUUGCCAAUAGUCUCGACUUCCGGCUCCGCAAAUACCACUACAAGCAUCUCGUCGGUACAUUCGACCUCGACUCCGUCAUCGACUGCAAGUGGUCCAAUUACUAGUGGUGCUACACCGCCGAGCCUGUCAAUUCCGGUCUCUGACUCUACAGGUGCUUUGUCUGCGAUCUCCAGCGAGCUUUCUGGAUUGACUACUUCCACUCAGAGCAGCCAGGCAACCGGUACUAAAAGCAUUGGGUCCACAUCCAGUCAUCCGAGCAGCACGACACCCAGCACAUCCUCCACAUCAAUGACUACGACGAGUUCAACCAUUACGAGCUCAGCUUCAAGCACGUCCCGCUUAGCUCCCAGCUCUUCGUCUGCUGGCCUCAUUUCCACCAUCAGCGCACCGACCUUAUCCGCGUAUGGAAGCAGUUCCACAAUACCGAGUGUGAGUGCCGCAAGUUCUGUAACAUCUCCGCCAUCAAUUUCGAGCUCCUCCACCUCCUCGAUCGCGACUAGUACGUCGACAAGCUCAUCAUCAUCUUCGUCCAGUAUGACAAGCACUCUACAGAGUACCCCACAAGGCCACUCUCAGCCUGCAGCCGUGUCUAGCACCACGACACAAUCAAGCACCUCGAAUAAUUUUCCGCCUAGUUCUGCUUCAGCAACGCCAACUGCAUGCGGUGAAAGUGGUCCAUUCACGAUGACUUUCGAUGAUCUUCCGAGCUUCACACCAAACAACCUCAAUCAGACGGACAUCACGCAAGCGCCACCAAUGCCGAACCCAUACCACCACUUGAAGUUCAGCAACGGCUACGUAUAUGCUCCCUUGCCCAACGAGCCUUAUCUGCCGGCCUCGUCGCCCCACCUUGCUGUAUUUCUUGCCAAUGGUAGUGGGAUGAGGACUGGUCCUGGUGCUGGUUCUGAAAAUCCCGGAGAGAUUGCUGACGGCCCUUACCAAUCCAUGUCGGCCUUCUGGUUUGAUGCCUUCUCAUCCUUCGUCGGCUGCGAUAACAGCGGCCCAUCUGAUUGCACCAUGGUUCUGACAGGCUAUACCUGGAGUCCAGAAGCUGGACGCGAGAUACCGGCGUAUACCCAGAACAUGACGGUGGCUCCUUGCCCGAGCCUGCAAGGUUGUGUGAUGCAAUUGAUCAACUUCCCGGAGUCUUUCCGUGGUUUGAGCGGCUUGCAGAUGAGAGCUUAUGUUGGUCAGCAGGAGAGGAUGUUCUUCGUCGACAAUCUGGCUUUGGCAUGGUCGAACGACACCUGCGCCGCUGGUUUGGAGAGACUGCGCCAUCAGUAG